AUGAUACCCAAACAUACAUUGAAUGCAAUUGAUAGGUUAUUAAAAGAUGUUUGCAACAACAACUUUCCAUUUGGAGGAAAAGUCAUUCUUAUUGGAGGCGACUUUAGACAAAUACUGCCUGUUGUGAAAAGAGGACAACCAGCUGAACUUGUAGAAGCAUGUAUAAAAUGUUCUUUACAUUGGCAAUGGGUGCAGAAGUUUAAGUUAACAGAAAAUAUGAGAGUACGUGAUAGGGAAAGGGAAUUUUCAAAUUGGCUGUUAAGACUGAGUAGUAGAACAGUAUUUGUCAAAGAGGAAGAUCCUUUUAAAGGGUGCAUUGAAAUACCGCAUCAAUGCCUUAUUAGGGAAAAUGACUCCAUUGUUAAAAAGGUAUUUGGGGAUGCCGAACAAGACGAUUAUGCUAAAUGUGUCAUUUUGACACCAACUAAUGUGGAUUCACUAUCAAUCAAUGAAGAAGUGCUUCAACGUCUACCGGGUGAGGUCAAAACUUAUUUAAGUGCUGAUCAAGUUGAGACAGACAAUCUUAAUGAAAGAAAUAACUUUCCUGUUGUGUUUUUAAAUAGCUUAAUUACCUCAGGUAUGCCUCCUCAUUCUUUAAAGUUUGAAAUUAGUUGUAUAAUUAUGUUACUUAGAAAUUUAGAUCUCAAAGCUGGGUUAUGCAAUGACACUCGAAUAAAAGUUUGUGCUCUUCAAAAUAAUUAUAUUGAUGCAGAAGUUUUGACAGGUGUUUCUGCUGGUAAACGGGUAUUUGUACCUCGAAUUCAGUUGGCUUCGUCAGAUUCUAAUUUACCUUUUGUUCUAAAACGUCGCCAGUUUCCUGUCAGAUUGGCAUAUUCAAUGACAAUUAAUAAAAGUCAAGGUCAAACAAUUGAUAGAGUUGGUGUAUAUCUAAAGUAA